UCCUAAUAACACGUGGGUGGAGCUCUAAUUAAUUUUAUGCUGCCUGUGCCAGUGUGCCUGACCAGUACCUGUGACUUUGUGAUGAGCGACAUUCCUUCUCUUAGCUCAAGUAGUAGUAGUAGUACCAGGGCAAGUUUUGGCAGAGUAUGUGAACUAUGUUAUAGACGAGCACCUUGGGAUCUAUUGUUAUUGACGGAGAGUCUAAAGUGUCGCUCUGCUGCUGAACAUAAUCCGAGACAUAAUCGUCCGCGACAUGUGCUGGUAACAGAGCAUAAAGGCAUACUAGUAAGGAUAAGGCAACUACCACUGGUCUACCAGACUCAUUUAAAACUACCACUUCGGUCGAAACCGUCUCCACGCUAUUUUAGAAAGUGCUACAUAGCCGGGUUGGGUUGUCCUGGAGAGGAUUGUCAUUGGCCACAUAGCAAAGCAGAGAAAAGAGCAUGGAAAAGUUUGUCACUCGAUUGUAGUAAAGGCUUACACAGUGAAAAGAAUGCUUCUCUAAAAGACAUACCCAACUCCCCUGAUUUGUCUAGUGACAUGACCUUACCUAUUAACCUAGAAAACUACAAGACAAAAUAUAAAUCCUUGCUCUUUCAUGAGGAAGAAGAGCAUAAGAAUAUCAUUGAUGAAAUAUUAAACAGAAUGGAAAAAACAUACAUCAUUGUCACAUAUAGGCCACGUCAAUUAGCUCAAGAUAAUUUUGCUCUAUCUGCUUUUGUUGAAGGUCUUGAUAUUAGUCAAAUGACUUAUGUUGCUCAAAUGAGAAAUCGGCUAACUAUUAUGAGUACGAAUUCUCGUAUCAUUUGUGAAGCAGUUUAUGGCUACAAAAUUUCACAAGAAGUACUUUCUAUUUCCUUUGAUUUAAAGAAUGCAGCUAAAUUUAUGAAAUUUUAUCCAAAGACUCAAUUUAAAAUCAAGUUUGAAGCCAAUCAUUCUUUAUUUGAAAGCCUUCACAAUGUUUUGACAUGUAUAACUGAUGAUACACUAAAAAGAAUAUUCCCUUCACCUGAUGAUUUUAAACCUUUUAGCCUCGAACAUUUAGAAAUUGAUGCUAAUUUAAAUGAAGAUCAAAUGUAUGGCCUAAAAUUGAUACUGCACACCAAAUCGCAAGCUCCAAUUCUGAUACAUGGUCCUUCUGGUUGUGGAAAGACGCAUUUGCUUUGUGUUGCAGCAAAGUUCAUUAUUGAAGAUGAGUCGAUCACGCGUAUUUUACUAUCUUGUCAUCAUCAUUGCUCUGCCGAUAGAAUUUUUAAAGAAUAUUUUUUAGAUAUGCCAAGUGAUGCAACAGUUGUUAGAAUUAUCCAAGAGAAGUGUUGCUCCUCGACCCCAAAUGAGUUUCAGUUUAAUAUAUCAGACUGUAGCAAAGCCUCAUUUAUUAAUCAUUUUUCCAAAGAGACAAAGUUAAUAGUAGUCACUGCAUAUGACACUGCUCUCAAAAUAUCGAAUGUAGCUCCUAAAGGUUUCUUUACUCAUAUCUUCAUUGAUGAGGGAGGCCAGGCAAGAGAAAUAGAUACGCUUGCUCCUCUUCUUUUAGCAAAUAAGGACACACAUCUAGUAAUUGCUGGAGAACUACAUCAGGCUGGACCAAAAAUAUCAGUCACAGGUGAUGAACCUCAGGAGUAUGGGCUUGGUGAAUCCCUUUUUCAAAGAUUAUAUUCACAUUACCUUGAACUUGGAGAAGCUGCCAAAAAAUUUAUUGUUUUACUAAGAUGCAAUUACCAAUGUCACAAGGAUAUACUGAAUCUGUCAUCCCAUAUAUUCUAUGAGUCAAGACUGGUGUCCUGUAGUUUAGCAAUGACUGAUUCUUAUCCAUUGAAGUUUGUUUGUUCCAGUUUUAAUGAUUUAUCAUCAAUGAGUUUUUGCGAGUCGUUUUUAAUACUUGAUGAAGUGAAGAAGGUUUUAAAUGAUAAAAUUUAUUCAUUGACUGAGUUUUGUGUCAUUUCUGCAAGUUUUAACCAGAUAGCUAAGAUCGAGAGUAUUAUUUGUGAGGAUGAAAAUUAUUCUUGUUUGAAAGGAUUAAACGUCUAUGGAAUUAAUGACUUACCAAAUCAACAAUAUACAUUGCUUUUCAUGAGCACUUAUGAGUAUUUAGAUGAUUCUUAUCAACCAGUGGAUAUUUUGAAGUCCUUCUGUCAUCCUGCAGUAUUUCAUACAGCUAUUACUAAAUCAAAGUGUCUUGUAGUGGCUGUUGGUAAUCCUUUGGUUCUGAUGAUGUGUGAAGCUACAGUGGAUAAACCGAUGUGGUGCUGGAAAGAAUUUAUUAAUAGGUGUAUUAAUAAUGGUACCUUUGUUGUUCCAGAGUUCCUAUUUCAAGCAUUUCCUUGCAUUCAAAAUUAUUUUGGGAGUAUUUUAAUUACUCAAAACUGCAGUAAAAUUAUGAAGCUAUUUUGGAAAGUAAUGUUAAUCCCAGAAAACAGUAGCAUUGACUGUGAUGAAAUGGAGCUUGAUUAUACUGUGACCAAUGCAAUUACUCAAUAUCAAGCAGCAGAUUGUUCAACCAAGCAAGAAGACGAAGAUGAAUGGCCAUUGCUGGGGCAGUGUAACAUAGCUACUGGUGUCAAUGAAAAUAAGAGCUUUUCAAGUACAAGAUGCAAUGAUGUAUGUUAUAUUCCUUCUACUGUGCAUUCACACUCAAUAAACCAAUUGACUACUACAGUAAUGCCUUCUAAUUGUGCACCAAGGAAUGAUAGGAAUAUGCCUUCAAACUCAGUGACCUUGCUAAGUGGUUCAUCUAAAGAUGCAAGUACAGGUACUGGUUGUUCAAUGUCAAAAGAAGACUUUAUUAGCAUGUCUUCUAGCUCUGUGUCACCAUCUGAUGUUUCAAACAAUUUUGAAUCAAGUGGGCCAAUGACAACAAUGAUAAAGCUAUUACUAGAAGUAGCUGAAUUCUUCCAACAAUUUUGUUUCCAAAUAUUGCUGUGUAUAAUGAUGUGUGUCAUUCUCCUAUCUAUUUUUUUGCGCAGUCUCUUUCAAUUGACUAGUAACUCAACUUCUAGGCCUCGUUCUGAUCUUAGUAUUUCUUCCAGUUGUGAUACUGAUUCUGACACUCACUCUAUUGCAACUGCUUCAGCUACUAAUUCAUCUCAAGUUCCUGCAAACCUUUCAUUUUUAUCAAAAUCAGUGAGUCCUUUAAAGUCAGACAUUUCUUCAUCAAAAGCACUUGAUUCUUCAAAAAGGGAAUCAUCUCUCAAAUGCAAGAAAAAAAGUAAAAAGAAAGGUGGUGUGGGUCAAGAAAAAAUGCCCAGCAAUCCUAAACCAUCAUCCAAUCAAAGUGUUUCUUCUGAUUGUAAAUCAACACAUAAUUCUGGCACUUUAAAGACUUCUUCAAGUACAUGUAGAUCUACUCAUUUAGAUGUACUUCCAAUCCAUUCAAACAUUUCGCAAUCAUCUGAUUCUUUAAAACUACUUGUUUCUCCUGAAAUAAACUCAUCUCACGGACAGGAGAAAAAAAGAAAAAAGAAAGGUGUUGUGAGCCAAGAAAUAAUGCCUAAUAAUCCUAGACCAUUAUCAGCUGAUCCUAAACCAGUGCUUCAAUGUCCUGACAUAAGGACUAGUGUUUCUAUAGCACCACAUCCAGUAGUAAAAGUUCCCAAGUUGUCACAGCAAUUCAAAUUUAAUGAUAAAAGAAACUCAAGGAGCAGAAAUUCUGGUGGAGAAACACAUAGGCGACAAUAUACUUUAGGGGAGGCUUUCCCACCUUUAUGUGAUCAAAAGAAAGGAAGAGCUAAUAUAGAGAAUGAAGGCAUCAUAGCAGAAGUAGAAAAUAGUUUUGACCAAGUGUCAUUUGAUGAAGCUUUAUUGUACGCUCCACUUACAAGAGAAAACUACAAAAAGAAGUUUCAAUUAUUGCUUAAGCUCGAGGAAGAAGAGCACUAUCAUUUAUUAAGGGAAAGAUGUGAUGGAGAAUAUAAUGUAAAGAUUUUUAAAUCAGGCUUUGUUCCCUAUCUAAAAUACAAUAAAAACCCUGCUCAUGUACGAUAUGGCCUAAUACAUGGUGUAAAUCUCAAUGGAAAUGUGGUAUCACAUAUUAAGCAAGCUAGCUCAGAGACAGAUAAUGUUAGACUACAUUAUCCUUCAGGUGUAAUAGUAAAGGCUGAAGUUGUUAGUGGAUAUCAUCUUUGGAAGAAUGAAUCACUUAUAAUUGCAUUCACCCAAAGUGAGUUGUCAAAAGUUAUUAAAGAAAUGGAGGAAUUGGAGGAGCAUGAAGGAGAUUUUUCAAAUGUAGCUAUUAGUUUUGUUCUAAAAAGAUGGUACUUUGAUCGCCUUUGUAAAGCACUUGAAAACUUAAGUCCAGCGACUAUAAAUAGACUCAUUCCAGCUUAUGUAUCAGAUUUCACUAACAGUGAUGACAAACCGAACUUGCCACAACCAGCUAAUUCUCUAAACCAUAUAAUUGAACUUGAUGAAGGCUCUUUUAAUUUACAAAUGGAAGCUUUAAAAUUAAUUAUGAGUUGUCAGGUAGGCAAGGCACCAGUUUUAGUCAUUGGAUCAUUUGGUACUGGUAAAACACGAUUACUAGCUAGAGCUGCUUAUCAAAUACUGAGAGACAAUCAAUCAAAUUGUGUACUUAUAUGCACUCAUCACCAACACUGUGCUGAUACAUUUAUUACGAAUUAUUUUUUUAAAAUGAAGAAUUGUGGCUGGAAUGUUAAUGCUGUUCGUCUUGUCCCCUCAAAGUCGCAAUACAGAAUGCCUCCCGGUUGUCAAGACUUUUAUGAAGAUGCGAGAGAUUUUUAUUUUAAUAAGCGUCAUGAUCGGUUGAUUGUUACCACAUUUUCUACUUCAUUUAACUUGCUACAUGGAAAUCAUAACGUCCACAAAGGUUGCUUCUCUCAUAUUCUGUUAGAUGAAGGAGCUCAGGCAAGGGAGCCAGAAUCAAUAAUCCCUUUAUGCUUGGCAGACAGUAACACAAGAAUCAUUAUUGCUGGAGACCACAAACAAGUUGGCCCAUCACUAAUAGUAUUAGGAGAAGCAGCUAUACAUAAUGGUUUAAGUGUGUCAUUGCUGGAGAGGCUUCAUGGAGUCUAUAGAAAGACUGAUGCAUCUGCCAGUCAUUGUGCUACACUUUUAACUAAUUACAGAUGUCAUCCUACCAUACUAUCUCUUCCUUCUUAUCUUUUUUAUAACUCUGUGCUAUUUACAUCAGCUACAGCUACUACUCUUCGCUCACCUGCUAGCCUUGGAUAUCCUUUUCAUUUUAUCUGUACGAACCUGAGUGAAGAGCAUGAAGUACACAAUUCCACUUCUAAAACAGAAGUUGAUCUGCUACUAAAAGAAGUAACAAAGUAUUUGGAUCGUGGGGAAGGGCCUCGAGAAGAAAGAAACUUAAAAGAUAUUUGUAUUAUAGCAUCAACUCCAAAUCAGAGGUCAAUGUUUCUCAAACAAAUUAGCUCUAAUAAUGAGUACUCAAGUAAUGCUGAUGCUGAUAGCAUUGAAGUGUUAACAAUUGAUAUGAUUCAAGGUCGAGAAUUUGAAGCUGUGUUUCUUAGCACUGCUGAACCUACAACAGCAACAGGGAAGUCAUUCACUCCUACAAAGACCCCUUGUAGUCCAUUUGUGUUUAACACUGUUUUGACACGUGCUAAAUCUUUUGUAGUAUGUGCUGGCAAUCCAUUCCUCUUACUGACAAUGGAGAAACUUAUGAACAAGGAGGCUUCGUGUUGGAAAGAGUACAUAAAGAGGUGCAUUGUUUUUAAAACUUUUAUUAUACCAGAUGUAGCAGCUUGUACUCACAGGGAUGGUAUUAUAGAUAAAUUACAAAAUAUGAUAUUUCCUGAAGUAGCAGAAGAAGAUAUACAAAUUGAAAAUGGUGUCAUUGAUAGCAUCAUGGAUUCAUAUAGAAAGGUAUUCCACCAAAAGCGUCAGAGUAAGAAACACAAAAUUAAACUUGAUGAAACAAUGAGAUGGAAAACUCUUGGAGGUGAUGAAGAGAUAGAAAUAGCUAAUGAUGACGAAAUGCCUGUAUCUUCUGUUGCUAUUGAAUGUAAAUUACAAGUGUCAACUAAUCAAAUAGUUGAAGCGAUUCCUUGUAAAGGGUUGGAAAGAAAACCAAUCAGACUAGUUCGUAACUCACACAGGCGUUGUGCCUUUGAUGGAGACAUUGUACAUGUUAAAACUUUCGAAGAAAAACAAAGUUGUGGCAAAGUUGCAUCAAUAGCAAAAUCCAGACAUCAAUCAAGGUUUAUCUGCAGAAGUGACCGAUUCUCACAUAUACAUUUCAUUCCACUUGACAAGUCAGUACCAAGCAUUGUUAAUCUAAUUCCUAAAAUUGUAAUAUCUUACUAUGAACAAAAUGUUACAGAGAAAUGCUUUAUUUCUGUAUUCUCCAGUUCAUCACUGCAUUUGCUUAAAGACAUGGACAGUGACGAGCUUCCAAAAAUAAAAGAGCUAAUUUCUCACAAAUUGGCUGGUGAUCUUUUGUUUGUAGUACAAAUAUUAGGUUGGUCUCCAAAUUAUAGCCGACCUCUAGGAGCAGUCAUAGAGGCAUUGCCUCGUACAUCUAAUCUUUUCUUUACCGAGAGAUUACUUAAAGUAGCUUAUGACGUCCACAAAGUUAUGCCUGAUGUUUAUCCUGAACCGAUUCCAAUUGAUGAUGGACUAUGCCAUUAUGGAUUAGCUUUUACCAUUGAUGGUCCAAAUACCAUUAAUAUGGAUGAUGCCCUAAGUUUAACUUGUUCCACAGAACCUGACACGUAUGAAUUAGCUGUUCACAUUAGUAACGUUGCUAGUGCCAUCUCUAAAGGCUGUCCAUUGGAUAAUGAAGCAAAGAAAAAAGGAAAGUCAGUUCAUGCCAUGCAUAUGCUUCCAACACCUAAUUCCUUUAGUUUGAAUGCAAACACGAGACACUCUGUACUGACUAUACCAGCCAAAGUAGUAGUGAGAAAUGGAGAAAUAGUUAAUAUAGACUGUUCUGUUGGCACUGAUGGUCCUAGGAAGGCUUCAAUCAUUUCACAAGCUAGACUAACAUAUGAAGCUGCUCAAAACUUAUUGGAUGAUAAACCACUCCAAGAUACCGAUUUAGAAGAUCAAGUUAAUGAAUUUAAUAGGCAAGCUGCUCUUACCAAUGGAACAAGGCCAGGAUUAGACAUGAAGGAUACUCUAAGCCUUUUAUACAAAGUAGCAAAGAAACUACACGAGGAUCGUUUGGGAAAAUUUUCUUUUGAUGAAAAGGUUGAUAGAGAAAUUUGGCAAGCUAAAUUCUUGAUAUCUGAGUUGAUGAUUUGGGCUAAUUCUAAAAUAGCAGACUAUCUUGUUAUGCAUCUCGGCCAUGAGAAUAUGGCUCUGGUUCGAAGGCAGUUACCACCUUUACCAGAGAAAUUAGAAAAUUUUAAGGAAUUAUUUACUUCUAGUUAUCCUUAUCUGUUUCCACUAGAGCCUCCUGCAGAAACACCACAACCUUUCAUCAUGACAAACAUCUCUUUAUCUUUGUUGUGCUCAGCCUAUUCAUCUUCUAAUCUUAAGCUUUUAUUGUGGGUAUUGUCCAAUGAUUUUUUGUACCCACAGUUAGCUCAGGCUCACUCAGUAGCUAAGCAAAUAAACCAACCAGCAGAGUACAUAGCUAAAAUUGAUCCUGAUGAUGAUCCUAUAAUAUCUCGUUCACACUACAAUUUGAAAUUGCCAGCCUAUGCCCAUUUUACAUCACCAAUUAGGCGAUACUUUGACCUUUUAGUGCAGCGAAUAGUUAUUGCACUAAUGGAAGGAUCAGAUAUAAAUUAUACACCAGAAGAAUUGGAGGAAAUUUGUCAGAUGCUUAACCAUAGGAUCAAAGUUACACAGAAGGUUGAUCACACGCUUGAAAGAGCCGAAAAAACUCAAAAGUGUGAAAGAAGUUUGUCUGAAUAUCAAGGCUUCCUUGCAAAGUGCUAUCAUGAAAAGAAGCCGGGAAGGUUUCAACUAAUUAUUAGUGAGCAAGACAAACUGAAUGAAAUUGAUACUACCUUUGAAUAUUCUUAUUUAAACAUUUGUAGCUAUGAAAGAAUUGAGGAGCCUGCCUGGCGCUUCAUCUCAGCUACACUAAGUGGUAAAGUUAGCAUUAGUGGUAAUAUUAUGCAGUUUAUUGAGUCUCAAGAAUCAGAUCAAGCCUGUGGUAGUUUUGAUGAAAAUGAAUCAGCGGAAAGUUUUCCAAAAGACUUUUGUCACAUUAAUGCUGUAGCUUUUGAAUAUUUACCAUCAAACACAGAAAGUAAAGAUGAACAACAAAUGAAGUAUGCCACAUACAAGGCAUCAGUACCAUCGAAAAUGCAUAAGAUUGAUUUUCAAUUAUGGAAAGAAAUGCAAGACUGCGUCAAGUCAGAAUCUAUUGACUCUAUUAAAUCAGUAAUCAAAAAGUUACCAAAAAUUAAUUCAAAUGAUGAAACUUGUACUCAACCUCAGUCAUUGCUAGACAGUCCAGUUGUAAUAUUUGAUGUCAAGCGUUCUUUUAAUCCAGGGGAAGAGCUAACAGUGAAAAUAGGCAAGUCACUGAGAGAUUUAUUCCCCACUCCUUGCCUCCAAUUAAUGGAAAUAGCUCCAGGUUUUCAAGUUUGCCUACAACACAAUCGUCAUCCUUCUUUAAGUUUUUCAGACUCUCAGCUUUCCCAAGCUUCUAAGGAACACUAUAAUUCCAUGAAACAAUAUUUUAAAUUGUGGAGCAAGGUAAUGGUAGCUGAGGCUGCUUGUGAGGGUGUGAAAAACUCACACAAAAACAGUGUCUGCUUCCUUAAAAAUGUUAAUCUUAAAUGGCCUCAGUUGAAUCUUGUUAGUAAUUUAGUAGAUGUUGAGCAUUAUGAGCCAGUGACUGAUGAAGAAAUUUCUUUCGUUAUUGAUGAAAAUAAAUUAGAUAUUCUUAAUUAUAUACACAUUUCUGUUGGUUAUUUUGUGUGUGCAAGAUAUGAAGUGCCUGAAAAGCAAUGGCAAGCAGUGUAUCAUUUUGUUGUUACUGAUAUGGAAAGCAAAGAAGAUUCUAAAGGAGUAAAGUCUCCACUUACAAUAUCAAUGAAGUCUAUGGGAAGUCCUUGCUGGAUACCUUGGAAUGUGAAAGAUCAUUUAUCUAGCUUUUUGUGUGAUUUGCAAAUUAUUGAAAUGCAAGUCUCCUUCACGCGUGUCUUUCAGCGAUUGACUUAUUAUGAAUCUUGGCCUAAACUUGCUAAAGAUAUAGCUGUUGGCAAUCUUCAGUUGAGCAAAUCAAAAAAUAAUGAUACAGCAUGGUUGAGAGAUGAUCCCUUUGCAUUGAAAUUAUGGAAUGAUGAAAGUGUUGAUCUCAAUAAAGAACAAGUAGAAGCAAUAGAGUUUGCAAUGAAACAUAAUUUCUCUUUAAUUCAAGGUCCACCAGGGACUGGAAAAAGUGUUGUUGGAGCUCAUCUGGCUUAUGCUUUUUCUAAGACAAAUGCAAAGCUUGUUAAUAAAAGUGUAUUAUACUGUUGCCCAUCCAACAAAGCUGUUGAUGUCGUUCAUAAAAAACUCCGUGAACUCAAUAUAAGGCUAGAGAAGUUGAAUCACAAAAAGUUAAAGUUGAUUCGUUUAUACGGUCGUACUCAUGAAAGAAAUGACUACCCCAAUCCCUUUCAUAAUUUGAGUCAGUUUGAUACAAAAAUACCUGAACCUGUUGAAGGACGUUGUCUACGUGAGCUAAGGGAAGAUUCAUUACACUUCAAGAUUAGAGAAGAAAAUGCAGAAAUUGAAGAAAUGCGUUCCAAGUUUUUGAAACUUUUUAACAAAAAAAUCAUAGCAUCAUUAUCUGAACGUAAUAGUUAUAAAGAUUUGAUCAUGGAAGCAGAGGAAAAAGUCUUAUCUGAUGAAUAUGAUAUUAUCCUUUGCACUUGUAAUGAAAGCUGCAGCAAAAGACUACUCCUUUUGGCAAAAAGCUUGAGAAUAUCUCAUUGCAUUAUUGAUGAAUGUGGUAUGGCUCAAGAACCAGAGACAAUAGCAGCAGCUAGUCUCUGUGACCAUGUAGUAUUGAUAGGAGAUCAUAUGCAACUACAACCAAUCAUCAACUUUCAUCCUGCUAGGGAAAAUGGACUGAGUAAAUCACUGUUUGAAAGAUAUGCCAUUAGACCCAGAUUUGAGAGAUACCUUAUUCAAUUAAAAGUACAGUAUCGCAUGCAUAAAACCAUUUGUGAUCCUCCUUCUGAGUUAUUUUAUGAUGGUAUGCUGGAAACAGACCCAAGUGUUAAUAAAAAUCCACCACCAUGGCUGUCUUCAAUGGCUGCCUUCUGGCAAGAUGACUGCCGUAUUGCAGUGUAUGAUAUUAAAGGGGAAGAAAAUGAUGACCUGCUAUCUUCUGAGCAACCCUUUUCCGGAAAAUUUGAUAUUCACUCAAAAGUAAACAAAAGAGAAGCAGAUGUAGUUUUGAAUGUCAUAAAGAAGUUACAUAAUAAAUAUCGAGUGCCAUGCUCUAGUAUUGCGGUAUUGACUCCAUAUGCUGGUCAGAAGGAAUUACUUAAGACGAUGAUAGAGGAAAAUUCAGCUACAAAGAAUGCAUUAACUGGAAUUAAAGUUACCACAAUUGUUGAGAGUCAAGGAGAUGAGCAUGAUAUUGUAAUAUUGACAACAGUGAGGACGCUACCACAUGAUGAAAUAAAAGAUCGCAGAUUUGUUCAAGAUGAUAGGAAAUGGAGAAUGGAGAAUAUUGGAUUUCUGACUGACACGAAUCAAAUGAAUGUAGGGAUUACACGUGCUAAGCAUGGGCUGAUUAUAAUCAGCAAUACAACUUUGUUAAAAUAUGUUAAGGAGUGGAGAGAUUUUUUCAAUUCAUAUAAUCAUUCUACAAUUCAAGAAAUCACAUCAUAGUUUAGAUCUAAUUAAUUUUUUUAAGAAGCUGUAAUAUUUUGACAUUAAGCCUAAGCAAAUAGUCUAUAGCGAAUCAUAUUUUUCGUAUUAUAAUUCUUUUUGUGUUCUUUUUACUAUGAAGGAA